AUGUUCUUUUUUCAGCAAAUCAAGGUUGUUGUUCUAGAUAAUUCGAUCUUUCCCAAUAAAAAAAAUGUGAAUCCAGCAUUUUACUUCAAUCUUUUUGAUUUUAGCACCCAGCAAAUGGGUUCAAAAUAAAUACUCCAUUAAAAUUGCGGUCGAUAUGUAAAAUUAAUUGUUAAUUCCUUAUAUUUUCUUAUCAUUCUAAAUUAAUGUAUUAAUUUAGAAUUUUUAAUGUAAUCUAUAAAAAGAAGGAAUUCAGAGAUGAAAGAUCCAUUAUAGCCGCAUAUCGAAUGGUUGGAGGAAUAUUUGGAUUUGGACACAAUUGAAAUAACAGUAUUAUAAAGCAUUCAUAAAUUAAACGAUUAAGCCUCUUUAGAUUGUGUUAUAUACAUUAGUAAUAUUAUCAACUCUAAAACAGAAUUUAAUAUAGUGUACUUCUAAUAUUUAGAAUCAUAAGAUUUAAAAUAAAAUGACAAGAAUUGCUUCCACAUAACACAUUUUAAAUAAACGGUGAUAAAAAAUCCAAGAUAAUAUAUUAAUUAAUGGCUAAAGGAUAGAGGAUCAAGUCCCUUUUUAAUAAAAUUUUAAACCAAUUAAAAUUUACAUCAUCAAAUCUAACCAACAUUAGCUUAAGCUAUUUAGAUUGCUGAUUUUAUUAAAUCAAAAUCGGUACAAAAGAAUAUUGACUUACUAUAUGAUGAAACAAUCAGCUUUAUUAACACAAUGCAUUAAGUGAAUGUUAAAUGA